AUCAGUGACUGUCGCGGAAUCAGUUUGGGACAUCGUAAACGAAGUCGAGUUAUAUUUUUAUUGCAAUAUACCUUCUCACAGUUUAAUGGCCAUGUAAGGGUUAUUGUAAUCUGCGAUGGUAAUCUCAUUUGAUAACAGUUUUAUUCAUAUUAUUUUGAAAAGUAAUAUGGAACAAGAUAAAACAGUUAUUUACCGUGUCAAGAAGUAGAACGAUGGACUUUAAACAUUUGAUUGAGAAAAUCAUCGUCACUAUCGCCUAUUACACGACGAUAACACCAUGGAGGAAAAUGGAGAUGGGAAAUCAACACCACCACCUAUCAUUGAGUUCGAUGGAAUGAUGUUACCACCCUUUACUCCGUUACGUGAAGAUGUCAAGAAAAGGUUUGAAGAAAUACGGAAUCUUGCAUGCAGAAAAGAUGAUAUCAUACUGGUUACCUAUCCAAAGUCAGGGCUUGAUAUGGCUACAUUCAGCUGGAAUAGAAAUCUAGUCGAAAAUGCAGAGACGUUAGUUUUCAUUGCAGGACCAAUUAUACUAAUAAAUGGUACACACUGGGUUUGGGAAAUUAUCUGCAUGCUACUGAAAAACAAAGCCGAAUAUUCGAAGGAAGUCAAAGAAUUUUUGUUUUUGGAAGCCAUACCAGACUUAAGCAUACUGGACAACAUUCCCUCUCCAAGGCCACUUAAUACACAUCUUCCCUAUAGGUGGCUCCCAACGCAGCACAUAGAAAGUGGUGGAAAAAUUGUCCAUGUUGUGAGAAACCCCAAAGAUGUCGCUGUUUCGUUUUACCACCAUGUAUUCAAUACUAAAGAGUUUGGUGACAUUUCAGACUUCAAAUCAUUUUAUGAAAAUAUUUACAUGGGAUCAGUUCAACCAAUGGGAGGAUGGUUUGCGUAUGAAACGGAAUUUGAACAAGCGAAAAUAAACGAAACAAGCAAUGCUAUAUUUACAGUGCAGUAUGAGAGUUUGAAAAAGAAUCCAAUACAAGAAAUCAAACGACUUUCCAAAUAUUUGGACGUUGAUGUGAACGAUGAAAUUAUAGCUGAAAUAGCUGAUAAAUGUAGCUUUAGGAGACUGAAAGAAGCCAAUGGUACGGUCAAAGAUCACUCACGAAUAACACGGCGAAGUCCAAAGUACAAAGAAAUCAUGCUCAAAAUGUAUCGAAAAGGAGAGAUCGGUGAUUGGAAGAACCAUUUUACAGUGGCUAUCAAUGAACAAUUUGAUGCAAAGUUCAAGGAAGUAAUGAAAGACUCUAAAAUUGAAGUGCAAUACGAAUGAAUAAAUGUCUGAAAGGAUGCUCUUGUAUUGUAGUUUUGAAAUUAAAUUUUCUGGUUGCAAUGCUGCUAUCAAGGACACACAGUG